UGUGGUUCCGCCUUCUGUUGGAUGUUCCUUGGAAUUACAAGGCAAACUUAAUGGGCUUGUGGAAGAUACAAAAAGGGAUCGCAACAAGUUUUUUCCUAACUACAAACGCCGUUCGGUUUAUUUGUUUGUUAUUGCCAAACUAUUUUAUUUGGAGAUUUCAAAGUGUUCAUAAAAAGUUUUGAAAGUUUCAGAGAACAAAAAUGAACAUUUCAAAAUGUGUGCUUGUCGUUGCACUUUUAUCACUUUGCUGUAAAUUAUCAUUUGGGUCAUCUUGCGGAGAGACUACGAUUCCGUUCAGCUUCGAGAUUCUACCAACCGGCCAGCCAGUUUUAGGAUGUGCUAGGCCAACAUGUUUUGGAUGGGAUCCAAAAGGCUACCACCUACCCACAGAUGCGAGAUUUGUUAGAAUCGAUAGAAAACGUGAUGGAUUUUUACGUGACGACCCAAUAUAUACAUAUCCUUUCACUCCUGAUGGCUCGAAAAUGUACUUGCAACAAAACUCAACAUGUGAGCCAGCUUUUCAAUCCGCGAUGUGUGAUUCUAAAAUUCAAUGGGUCGGUGGAGUGGAGCCAGUUCAAGAUGUCAACUCUACUCAUGACAUUGCCUAUCAAUGUUGUACUUACCCUCCUCUUCGAGAAUCCACUGAUCGGGGAAUGACUCUUGUGGCGGCUGGACAAAUUGUAAUCGGCGGAGAAGUUUUCAAGAAUGGUAGCCAAUAUGCGUUUGAUUACAUUAGUAACAUUGCGAAGAACAUUGAUGAGUAUGGUAAAAUAUUUUAUGAGGUUAAUGUUCGACGGCUUGCAUGUCUGGAUCCACAUAAUGCUGAUAGAUCAGUUGACGAAAUUUGGGAUUCCGAAAAUACAAUUCGCAAGGUUAACGGGAAAAAAGCUAUGGCUCAUCAAGUUCCGAACGUAGCAGUUGGUAAUGCCGUGCCGCAGUACAACGUGUAUCCGGCGGUUGCUCAACAGCCAGCGCCAUACUCUUAUCUUCCAGCAGCUCCACAGUGUCAGCAAUACUAUUGUUUCCCCAAUGAUGCAGUUGUUAAUGUCUACGAGAAAGCUGUAAAGAGAAUGGAUGAGCUGGAAAUUGGUGACUGGGUUGAGGCACUGGACGAAAAUGGGGAGGACAUCACGUUUCUGCCUGUGAAGUAUUGGCUUCAUCGAGAUCCCGAACAAGAAGCUGAAUUUUUGGAAUUCUCAUUAGACAAUGGAGAAACAUUCACCCUAACCGAAAAACAUUUGGUAUACACCACAGAGUGCCGACAAAAUUCUAGUGAACUCAAAAUCAGCUGGGAAUCCAUCUCUGCUGGGAAAGUUAACGCUGGGGAUUGCUUCUACCUGGCACAGUCAGAAGCCUUGACAAAGUACCGAUUGGUCGAAAUUCUUGACAUCAAAAGAGUCAAGAAAACUGGAAUCUACGCUCCUAUGACAUCUCAGGGCCAUCUUCUUGUCAACAAGAUCCACACGUCUUGUCACUCUGAAGUUGAUCAUCACAUUCUUCAAAACUCAUUUUUCAAACACGUUCUAAAAUGGAAGAACAAAAUCACAAAGUACUUCUGGAGCUAUGAGACCGAGAGGAAUAUUGGGCAGAGCCUGAAUAGUCUAAUUGCAAUUUUUAAUCUUGUCGUGCCGUCAAACAUGUAUUAAAUUUUAAUAAAUAAAUUUAUUUAUUCAG